AUGCCUGGGAUUUCUGAGAGAAGACAAGGUGAGUUUUCUUGUACUGGUUCCCUUUAUUCUCGACUACGUUUCAAACGCUCAAACCGUAUGCAGAGACUAUUUUCGUACUACCGAUUCCACAAACGCGUCGGUAAGGGAAACUGGAACCGGUAUGUCGAACGAUAUACGGUGCCCCGUUCCAUAGAGAACACGCAACGCAUCACCUUCAACUACCGAGCAUCCUUCCAGGCAGCAAAGAGUUCGGCAUCCUAUCUGUGGGAGUUCCCGAAACGCAUAGCAGCGGCUACGUCUGCUGACGGCGUAUUAGAUGCGUGGAUUCAUUUCAGGCACAAACGUAAAAAGGCGUACCACUUCGUGUUGGCGUUAAAACGCUUAUCUGAAGCCAAAAAUGUUGAUACGUCAGAUUGGAGAUUUCAGUUAAUCGCAAAGAAGUUGCUCAAACGUAGCAAGUAUUUCAUAGACCUGCCGGGGAUAUGUCACUACUUGGGGUCUUUGAGAGCUGUACCGAUUCUAGACAAACUGUCUAUUGUGCUGUCGGAAAAUAUAGAUCGUUAUUCGCCCCCACAGCUGGCCCAGAUAGCGGGCGCUUUCGGAAGCUGCCGGCUCUCCUCGAAGCACCUUUUCUCAUUGAUAGCGAGGCGUCUGGAAAACAACAUACAGCAUGCGUCGAAUGGCGAACUUGCCACUGUCGCUAUGGCUUUUGGAAGAUGCGCCAUCUACAACUACAGGUUGCUUGCAUCUAUAUCGCAGGAGGUGCAGAAGAGGUUUUCUCCUGCUCUCCACGUCAUGAAUUCACAUCGCGACCUCGUAUCGGCGCCGAGCAGGCAUUGCCUGUUUAGCCUUCAGCAGGAGGUGACAGUACAUGCGCAGAGGCCUUCGCUUGCUGAUUUGCUUCAGCUAGUUUCGAAAUAUCGCGACAGCCAGAUUUGUGACAUCGUAUCGCAAAUGGUGCGGCGUAAUAUGUCCAGCCUCACAGCCACCGAUGUUGCGAACCCGGAUGUUCACAGGCGCAUCGUGAAGGCGUUUUGCAGCCUAAAGAUCAACGACAUACCCCUGUUCUUAUCGAUUCUCGACAACAUUGCAAGUCGUCCGUACAAUUAUACUCCUGCUUGUGUUGCUGAAAUAGGCAAGCAUCUGUCACUGGUUCUGCCGAGGGAUGCCGACCGUGUGUCUAAGGUUGAGCUUAAGACAUCGAAGAUUCAGCGUUCGCAGGCAUUUGGUGUAUGCUUAGAGGAGGUCAAAAGGCAUCUGCAUCGGAUGGGACGCCGCGAGCUUUGUGACGCGGCUGUCUUUGCGUUCAAAGCCUGCUCAUCGAUAGCCGCAAAAAGCGACUUCAUGAGUGAAGUAUCUACAAUGGUGGUCCGCCAAUGCCCUAGCAACGUCAAAUACGACGCACCUAAGCUCAUGGAGGUGCUGUCGAUGCACAGCUCCUUGGACCAGGAGUGCUUCAACCUUAUCUGCCGAGACAUCUACCGGCUGGUAGACAUGUUCGAGCCGGUGGAUUUUCAACGUACGUCUAGGGUGCUGCGUAAACUGAAGCAAAGCGGGCUGUCGAACCUUAAGAUGGUGAACAUGCUUUCGAAGCGCGUUGCCGCCCAGUGGGAGGAGUUUUCGGAAUACCAGUACCACUGCGUUGCACGGGAUCUGACUCUGGCUGGACCGCCAUUUCAGUCCCUGCUAAUGGAUAUCUGGAAUCGCAACAAGUCAGUUUAUGCGUUGAGCGUUUCAUGA